AUGCCCGCGACACGCUCCUCCGCUGCCCGCCGACGGACCCAAAUCUCAGACGCCCCGUACCCCUCUGCGCCGCCCUCCUCGCCACCACGGCUUGAUUUGGAAGUCAUCAUCAUCUCCUCAGACGACGAGCCCGACCAUGAGCCCACACCCCGUCAGCACCCGCGCACGGCGCGCAAGGGAAAGGGAAGGGCCUUUCAUGCUCCCGAAGAAGACGUCAUUGAUGUCUCCGAUUCUUCCGAUAAGAAGACGAGUGGCCAGAGCAGGGGGUCGCACAAGCCGUCCAGGAAGGUGAAAGAGACGAAAGAGGCGUGCGGAGAGCGCUGCUCGGCUACGCAGAGAGCGAAGCAGCUCGAGGCGGACCUGGCGAAAGCGCACGAGGAGCGCGAUCGGGCGCAGGUGGCUUUCAAACAAGCCCAGCUCGAGAUCGAGGCCGUCGAGGCCGCCGCAGAGACAAAGAUUGCUGCCGCAAAGGCGUCGAACAGCCAAGGGGUGCCGAUCGAUGCACUGGAGGACAUCAUCUGCUGCGAAAUAUGCACACAUAAGAUGUGGUCCCCCUACACCCUCUCAGGCUGCGGCCACACAUUCUGCCAAAGCUGCCUCUCCGACUGGUUCAGCACCACCCACGUUCAGCACCUCGCCGCGCACCCAGCGUACCCCGCACACCCCCCACCCGUCGACGCCGACACUUACGCCCGCCUUCCCGCGCACAUCCGCGCGUAUAUCCCCCAGCAGCCGGGCCCCAAAUACACCUGCCCUGCCUGCCGCCAGGCCGUCCACCGCCGCCCGACCGAGUCCUUCGUGCUCAAGAACGUCGUCCGCGUCGUCGCCGCCGCGCGCGGCGAGCACAGCCCGCGCAAGCCGACGCCCGCCCCCUCGCGCGCCACCCGCGGCGGGCGCGCUGCCAAGGCCGCAGCGCCCGCGCCCCCUGUCGACCCCUGGGCCGGGUUUUUCGGCCCGCGAUGA